UCCCUCUCUCACGCAGCCUGUCCUGUAGAUGGGACCAGCAGCCAGAUAUCCGUGCAUGCCUGACCGCCAGUCCACUUCCUGGGUGGAAGAAUGGGACGUUUCCAGCACAGCUUUUCUUCGCAUUGUGCAUUGCCCUUCGUCACGCUGACGCCACGGAUAAUCACUUAAUAAUGACCACGUGCAAUCAAUGAUAUUCGACCACUUUUUUUUUUUCCUCCGCUGUAGUUAAAGACAGCGAUUGAUCACCGAUUGACCCUUCCGCACUACGGGAAUGUCGCUAUCUGGAAGCCCGCUACAGGCACGGUGGAGUCCAGCACAUUUUGAACUGUUUUUGCACAGCCGUAGCGUACGUAUCGUGUCAUUCCUCGAAGCCGAAGACAACCUCCGCUCGGACUGGAGGCGAAUAAAUUUGUCGUUUUAAAAAAAAAACAACAACAGAAAAACAGUGACUCUGCCGAAUCGCUGAGCAUUACUUUGAUGCUCUGCCUUCGUGGCUGCUGUGCCAACUUCGUCCCUGCUUCGGUCGUGUGUAUGUGAUUUUUUUUUUUUUUUUUUUUUUUUUUUUUAAAAGAAGAGAAAAAGACUCAAACUUUGUCACCCGUUGCCUUCUUGUUGCUCUCGAUGAGCAGUCUAACAUGCGGAGAAUACGGGAACCGAGUUACUGGUGGAUUUUAUCCUUAAUGUUUUUAACCUUGCCCAAACACAAAGACUGUCAUCUUGUUGCAUCAGCUGGCCAACCUCACGAUGCUGAAGACAGGCACCAUGGGACCUCAGGCGUAAUGAGGGAGAGGAGGGCAGCUGGUGACCCCUAUUGGUCCUAUUCAGGAAGCCAUGGACCUCAAAGCUGGGCUGCCUCAUACGCAGAAUGUGCUGCGAGGAACCAAUCACCUGUGGACAUUGCAGAUGAACAAGCUUCGGUUUCGGAGGAGUACCAGGAGCUGGUGCUUGACAAGUUCAACGCUGAGUCCUCCAACCAGACCACCAUGAAAAACACUGGAAAGACAGUUGCUGUUCUCCUGAAGGAUGACUACUUUGUAAGAGGUGCUGGACUGCCCGGGCGUUUUAAGGCUGAGAAGAUGGAGUUUCACUGGGGCCAUAGUAAUGGAUCAGCAGGCUCAGAACACAGCAUAAAUGGCAGAAGGUUUCCUGUAGAGAUGCAGAUCUACCUUUACAAUUCCGAUGACUUUGACAGCCUUAGUGCUGCCAUCAAGGAGCGACGCAUCAUUGCUGCCAUGGCCGUCUUCUUUGAGCUGGGGCAAAAAGACAAUCCAGCUGUAGAGCCUAUCAUCCAGGGAUUAAAAGGAGUAGUGCAUCAUGAAAAGGAAACUAACCUCAGGUCGUUCAUCCUGAGGGAUCUGCUGCCAGCGUCACUGGACAGCUAUUACCGAUACACCGGCUCUCUGACCACACCGCCCUGCAUCAAGGUAGUGGAGUGGAUCAUCUUCUCCAGGCCUGUGUAUCUGUCCCACUCACAGCUGGAGGCGUUUUACUCCAUCUUUACAACAGAGCAACAAGACCACGUCAAGUCUGUCGAGUACCUGAGGAACAACUUCCGACCCCUGCAGGACCUGGACAAUAGGAAAGUCUUUAAGUCGGCUGUAAAAGAUGCAUGGCAGAAAGACUUAACGGAAGUCUUGGGAAGCCCUCACAGCACUGAGGCUUCAAGAGUGUGUAGCAGUGCGCCAGUGAGCAUGAAGAUCAAGCCGCUGAACCAGACAGCACUGAUGGUGAGCUGGGAGCGCCCUCUGGCCGUUUACCACCCACCCAUCACCAGCUACAUGGUCUCCUACGGCUGGGUGAAACGGGAUGUUGCUGACGAAAAGACCUUCACCAAGACUGGGGACCAGAGCAUGAAAGCCGUCAUCACUAAUGUGUCCCCUGACGUCCUGUACCUCUUCAGAGUGCAGGCAGUGUGUCAUCAUGACCUGCGCAGUGAUUUCAGUCAAACUCUGCUCUUCAGAGCUAAUACAACAAGAAUAUUUGAAGGGUCUCGUAUUGUGAAGACUGGGAUGCCCACAAUUUCUCCAGCGUCCUCGGCAGACAUGGCUCCCAUCAGCUCUGGUUCCUCCACUUGGACGUCCUCUGGCAUCCACUUCUCCAUUGUCUCUAUGGCAACGGGGAUGGGCCCCUCCUCUAGCGGCAGCCAGGCCACAGUGGCAUCAGUGGUGACGAGCACCUUGCUGGCAGGCUUGGGAGUGGGCGGAGGGGUCAUCUCUUCUUUGCCCAGCUCAGUUUGGCCCACAAAAGCGCCCCGAGCCACGCAGAAUCCCACCCGUCCAUCCAUCCCGCCUGCAAAGUCCAGCACCGAGCAGGCAGCUCCCCAGGGCUCCGAGACAGACACUCCGUCUGAGGAGAAGCAGGCUGCACAUGAGGACGAGGAGGAGGAGAAGGAGGGGGAGAGAGAAGGAGAGCAGGAGGAGGGAGAGGAUGAGAAGAAGAGAAAGAACAAGACUGCACCUGAUAAUGAGGAAAAGCAAGCCAACAGCACUGUGGUCAAAGAGCCUUUAAUCCCCACCCCCGCGUCCACAGCCAAAGAGAAAGGAGAAGGGAAGCCUACAGUCAAAGGCACCACGGUACCCUCAAGCACUGGUGGCGAUCAGUUGGUCAACGUAGAGAAGAAUCCCACAGAUGUAAAUGCAUUCUCCACUGCGGAGCCUCGUAAUGACACUGCCGAGAUGCAGAUUCCCCACAGCUCCACACUGUCUCCAAAGAUCAGUAGUGAUGGCAAGAGUCUCUGGCCUUUCUCCGUCCACACCGACGGGACCAUCUUGUCCAACGUGACCCGAACCCCUCACCCGGGUAUGGGCAGGAUGGUGUGGAUCGUCCCCUUGGUUGUGGUGUCUGCUCUCACUCUGCUGUGCCUCAUAAUGCUGCUGAUAGUGAUGGUCUACUGGAGGAGAUUUUUCCAAACAGCUCACUUCUAUGUGGAGGAAAGCAGCUCUCCACGGGUGGUGGCCAAUGAGAAUAUACCAAUCAUCCCUAUACCAGACGACAUGGACGCCAUCCCCGUUAAGCAGUUUAUUAAACACAUCAUGGAGCUCUACAAGAACAACCUGCAAGGUUUUUCUGAGGACUUUGAGGAGGUCCAACGCUCCACAGCAGACCUGAAAAUCACUGCAGAACACUCGAAUCAUCCCGACAACAAACACAAAAACAGAUACAUCAACAUUGUGGCCUAUGACCACAGCAGGGUGAAAUUACGAGCUCUGGCGGGGAAAGAUGCCAAACAUUCGGAUUACAUCAAUGCCAACUACGUGGAUGGCUACAACCGGCCCAGAGCUUAUAUAGCUGCUCAGGGUCCUCUCAAGUCUACAUUCGAGGACUUUUGGAGGAUGGUGUGGGAGCAGAACACAGGAAUCAUUGUCAUGAUCACAAACCUGGUGGAGAAAGGGAGAAGGAAAUGUGACCAGUAUUGGCCAACAGAGAACAGCGAGCAGUACGGAAACAUUGUGGUGAUGCCGAAAAGCACCAAAGUGCACGCCUGCUACACACUGCGGCGUUUCCUUAUAAGGAACACUAAAGUAAAAAAGGGUCAGAAGGGGAACCCAAAAGGGAAGCUAAAUGAGCGCAUCAUUGUCCAGUAUCACUACACGCAGUGGCCUGACAUGGGAGUACCAGAGUACACCCUCCCCGUCCUCACCUUUAUCAACCGCUCAUCAGCGGCUCGCGCUGCAGACAUGGGCCCUGUCCUGGUGCACUGCAGUGCAGGGGUUGGGCGCACAGGAACAUACAUUGUCAUUGACAGCAUGCUACAACAGAUCAAGGACAAAAGCACAGUCAGCGUCCUGGAUUUUCUCAAACAUAUCCGCACACAACGCAACUACCUAGUUCAGACUGAGGAACAGUAUGUUUUCAUCCACGAUGCUCUGAUGGAGACCAUCAUGAGUAAAGACACAGAGGUGCCCGCCUGGCAGCUGCAUAGUUAUGUCAACAGCAUCCUCACGCCCAACUCGACAGGCCGCACACUGCUGGAGAAGCAGUUCAGGCUGUUGACUCAGUGCAACGCACGCUUUGUGGAGUGCUUUAGUGCCCACAAAGACUGCAACAAGGAGAAGAACCGCAAUUCCUCAGUGGUUCCCUCGGAGCGAGCAAGGGUCGGACUCACCACUCUGCCUGGAAUGAAAGGAACAGAUUACAUUAAUGCGUCCUACGUAAUGGGUUACUUCAGGAGUAAUGAGUUCAUCGUUACCCAGCAUCCUUUGCCCCACACCACCACAGACUUCUGGAGGAUGAUUUGGGACCAUAACGCUCAGAUUAUUGUCAUGUUGCCUGACAACCAGGGCCUGGCGGAGGAUGAAUUUGUCUACUGGCCGAGUCGGGAGGAGGCCAUGAACUGCAUCGCCUUCACUGUCACACUCAUCAGUAAGGACAGACUGUGCCUCUCCAAUGAGGAGCAGAUCAUCAUCCACGACUUCAUCCUCGAGGCCACACAGGACGACUACGUUCUGGAGGUGAGACAUUUUCAGUGCCCUAAAUGGCCCAACCCCGAUGCUCCUCUAAGCAGCACCUUUGAGCUCAUCAGUGUCAUCAAGGAGGAGGCCAUGACUCGAGAUGGCCCCACCAUCGUGCAUGAUGAGUAUGGAGCUGUGUCAGCAGGCAUGCUCUGCGCUCUCACCACACUGUCCCAGCAGCUGGAGAACGAAGGGGUGGUCGACAUCUAUCAGGUGGCGAAGAUGAUCAAUCUCAUGAGGCCGGGAGUCUUCACUGAUAUCGAACAGUACCAGUACCUUUACAAAGCCAUGCUCAGCCUGGUCAGUAACAGAGAGUUUUGCCUGAGCCCCCUGCACAUGGACACUAAUGGGGUGGUGGUGUUUGCAGACGAGUCGGACCCCGCCGAGAGCAUGGAGUCGCUCGUCUGAGAAAGUUCUCACAGGCACUUGAUUUGUAAAAACCCGAGAACUUUUCCGAGGCCUUUUUUGCCAGACUAUUGAUUAAAUGAAUAACCUUAUUACUUUUUAUACUGAUAAAAGUUUUUGAUAUUUAUGUUUUUGUCCUUUAUUUCUCGUUUUAAAUGUUAUCCUGCUGAGCGUUUGCACCCGUUUUAAGUUGACGUGAGGAAAAAGCAGCUCUGUCCAGUUUGCACUAUACUAUCAGUGUUACUGCCUGUAUCCAGUGAGUGAAGACGUUUCACAGUUAAAUGUUGGCAUCACGACACAACCGAGAUCUUUGGACCGCAUUGAGACAAACCUGAAGCAUGAAGACCAGGAUAAGUUAAAGCGAUCCACUAACAGUCAUUUCUCAAAACAAAAAGCAUCACAUUACAACGUAGCCCAGCACGCAUUUUGUCACUUUGUCACCUCAAUAAAACAAACAGUUUUGAGGCUCCGCUCCACUUGGUUGAAGCUCUUUAUCACAUGCGAAGAGACUUUUUACCUGCUUAAUAUUCAUAUAUUGUCCAAAUAUUUCACUGCUGUCUUGUACAAUGUACUUAUUUUGUUAAAGUGUGUUACAACAUCUAAUGUGAACAUGAAUUUCUUUUUACAGGGAUUCAUAUUGUUGCAUUGUUUUGUAAUAUAUAUCUCCUGAAUAGCCAACCAAUGUUUUUUUUCUUUUAGUGCUCUUGCCUUUUUGUCCGAUAGCAGGGCGGAGGUUCAUGUUUUAUGAGAUUGUCAUGAUGAUUUCCAGCUUCUUAAACCUCAACUGUCAAAGCUCAACUGUUAACAUGUGUAGUGGGUAUCCGUAAUGACACAGUACAAUGUCUACAUAAAGUAUUCACCCUAAACAAACUUCCAUGUUUUAUAGUUUCACAACAUUAAAUCGCAGUGGAUGAAGUUAUGAUUUCUUUUUUUGUUGCCAAUCAAUAGAACAUCCAGAAAUCUAUUUCAAUUCAUUACAAAUAGAAAAAACCCCAAAGUUGAUUAAUUGGUAGUAUUUACAGUGACUCUAUGUAAACAGCUUUGUACAUCUUGACAUCCUUUCAAACUCAGUUUAAGGACUGAGAGUGAACAGCAAAGUUUCAUGUCCUGUCACUUGUUCUGGACCUAGCUGAGGUCUUAGACUCAGACUAGAUCUCUCCGUGACAUUAUCAUUGUUUUUUAAAGACAUUCCUUUGUAGCUGUGGCUUCAUAUUUGGGGUCGUUGGUUUGAUGAAAAAUUAAAUCUCGCACUUCUCUCACACAGAGAACCGGGAGUUUCCUCCAAGAUUACUUAACAUUGUACUGCCUGUUGCAGAGAAGCGUCCUCGCCAGGCCUCAUGAUGAGGACGCUGUGUUUCUGCGGAUGGGCCGUGUUUGGCUUCCACUCAGUUAGUGGGACCUCUCUACGGUCUCACUUGUUGCCCUUCCUCUCAACACACUGAGAUUUUGAGGCAGAUUUUAAGAAGUGUGCCGUACUCCUUCAAUUUGUACAAUGGUAUUGGGGAUAUCCAGUGCCUUGGAAACGUUCUUAUGUCCUUUCCCAGUUUAGUACUCUUCAGUAAACUCAAUUUGUUCGUUUUCAUUUUGUGUUUUUUUGCUGGUAACUUCACUUUAUAGCUGCUGGAUCCAGGUAUAGUUUACCUGAGAUAACUCACUUGAUUUCACACAGGGGAUCUCCAUUCAACUUGUUUUUUUUUUUUUAUAAGUCUUACUUAGUUUGCAGCUUUUUGUUUUGAUCAGUGUAGAAUAAAAUCCUAAUUACAUCCACUGUGACUCAAAGUUAGAAAUAAAUAAAACAUCAAAAGAUCAAAAGGAGGUGAAUACUUUCGAAUAGGCACUGUAGUUUCUUGUUGGUGGGGGGGGGGGGGGGGGGGGGGGGGGGGGUGAUGCUUUAUUUGUAACCAAAGAUGUGGUUCUAGUUUGCGACAUGUAAGUGGUUUUGUCUUGAGAUCUAUUUAAUCAACUAGAAUUUAAAAUCAAAAUGUUUAACUCUUCCAGUGCAGAUUACUGGUGUCAGAGGUGUGAACUGAACAAGACUGAAGCACGUUUCUGUUCCUGCCUCAGGAACUCACCUCGCAGUAAAUAACCAGAGUACAUGAUUUUAGAUUCAGACUGUAAAAUAUAUUUUAUUUGGGCUGAUAUUCUGUCUCGGCACCAUUUUGUGACUAUUAAUUACAAGCCCUUUUCAACCCUGAGCAUCCCUUUCUCUUGACUGAUGUAUGUGUAUCCUUAUACUCCUUUGUACUCUCUGGUUAAAAAAAAUAAUAAUUCUGUGAACACCCACUUCUCUGACAAAGGGGAGUUUGCUAAAUUCAGUGAAACCUCUCCAACAUUUGGAGACAAAAGUCCAGAUUGCUGAUCACUUAGCUCUGCAACAAAAGAGUUUUUCUUUUGUAUGGAUUCCAACGUCCUUUCUGUUUGAUAUUUCUAUGCUCGUGGAGUACUGUGGUUGCACAUGAUUGCUUGAAAAAACAAUUAUCUUCGACUGUAAUGUAAUCUUUGUGAUCAUAGAAGUUUAUAUUUUCAUACAAAGGUUUGGUUUGUAUAGUGGCCCUGUAAAAAGAUUGUACUUUUUGGGAAAUUUACUAUCCUCACAGCAAAAUCCCCACAGUCACACCUGCCCCUCCGAGGUCCAUGCUGAUAUUUAAAUCAGAUAUUUCCUGACAUUUACUCAAUGGUCCAGGGGUCCAGUGUGUUCGCCUCAGUGCAUAUCUGCCAGGUUGGUAGUGAAGUCUAUUUUGUAACUUAAAUAAAAAAUAAAAUGGUUUUGUCCAUUGUAUCACAUGUUUAUAUGAUACUAUCAUAGCCAUAUAUUUCUAUGAUGCUGUCAUAUACCAUAUUAUAGUGUAAUAGUGUUAUUUAAUAGGUAAAUUGUAUUGCUAUUCAUGAAAUAAAGUUUGGGUUUGGGUGCACA